GCUAGCUGCUCUCCAGUAUCAAACUGGGCACAUACAGCAGGCAGCUUCCAAGCCGUGUGUACUGCACCAUUACACUGUCAGCGCCAUAAACUUCUUACAGGGAGCACAAGCUGAUUGUUUUAACACAGCAGUAUACUGAUAUUGGGAUUUUCCACUUACAUAUUCCAUUUUUCUUUUAUUUAUAGCUAACAAGGAAAGUGUGGAGUUUAGGGAGCAAUGUCACCCAGGGGUGGCAUUUGGCCCCUGCUGCUGCUCUGCUUCACACCUGGGCUCCUCUCACGAGAGGCUCAGCCCAGUGAAUAUGACUAUGUAGGCUUCCAGCCGGAGAUGGUUCGGAAUUACCAGAGUGGAAGGUUUUAUUCUCGGACGCCGCAGUGUGUGGACAUUCCCCAGGAUCUCGCACUGUGCCAUGGUGUGGGCUACAACAAGAUGGUACUUCCCAACCUACUGGACCAUGAGACAAUGGUGGAGGUAAAGUACCAGGCCAGCAGUUGGGUACCCCUGCUGAGCAAGAACUGCCACCCAGGCACACAAAUCUUCUUGUGCUCUCUGUUUGCCCCGGUGUGUCUGGAACAGCCCCUCUACCCAUGCAGGUGGUUAUGUGAGGAGGUCAGAGAUGCAUGUGAGCCAGUCAUGCAGUACUUUGGUUUUCCCUGGCCAGACAUGCUUCGUUGUGAGCAGUACCCAAGAGAGGACGUCUGCAUUGCCUCGCCAAAUGCCACCCAGGCCCCUCGCCCACGGAGAACGGAGGUGUGCCCACAGUGUGACAGCGAGAUAAAAGCCGACUCUCUCUAUGAACACAUGUGCGCCAGUGAAUUCGCACUGAAGGUUUCUGUCCGGGAGGUAAAGAAGGAUGGCGGAGACCGCAAGAUGACCCUACGUAAGAAGAAAGCACUAAAGAAGGGUCCUAUCCAGAAGAAAGAAUGGGGAGACCUAGUUCUCUACCUGAAGAACGGAGCUAAUUGUCCAUGUCCGCAGCUGGAGCAGCUGAGCGGACAAUUCCUGGUCCUGGGGCGCAAAGUGAAGAACCAGCACAUCCUCACAGCACUUCACAAGUGGGAUAAAUCCAAUCGGGAGUUUAACCGUUUCAUGCGCAAAGUGAAAAAGAACAAAUGUCCCAAACCUCACUCAGCAUUCAUGUGACGGUGUUUCCCUACUAUGGACAAAGCGAGGCCUGUCCCAUCCCAGCCUGUCGCUACAGCUGAAGCUGGGACUCUCAAGCGCAUUAGAGCAGUGAGGUGGGGUCCAGGGGAACAUUAACUUCAGCCUAUCUCUACAUCACUCAGCCGCUGGUGAGGGAGGCAUCCACUGAGGGACUCUGGGACUGCAGAAAAGCUGGACAAAAAUGCUACAAAAUAACCACGUAAUUCACUUGUACAAAGCAGAAUUCUGAUUUCUCCUAGAAAUCCAGCUACAAUGCCAUUCAUCCAGUGUCAUUUUAGAUCAUUCAUUGAGUUAUCCAUCAACAACUACAUAGCGCAUAGUCAUUCAUUCAUUUACAAAUCUACUAUUUUCCUUAGCGCCAGCUUUCACUCAUUCAUGUACAUUAGUCUGGUUAUAUAGAUGUACUUAAUGCCAGGCAUACUGCUAAUUGCUAUAUAACUUCACAUAAUCAUCUAAACAUAAGUUUAAAUUACAACUUAAUACUCUAUAAUUUUUUUUCUUCUGCAAUGUGAACAUAUAUAAUAUGCCUUUUCCUAUCCGUCAAUGCUUCUAUGCAGCAGACAUGAACAUUCCAUCACUCAGUCAGCAUACUGCCUAUUAUUUAUGACAUAUGGAGUGACUGCAGACUUGUGAGGUACAUACAAGCCGAUGCGGCACAGCGGAUAGGGCUAAUUUCACAGGUGACCCUGUCCUCUACCAUUCAGAACAGAGAUAGGAUACCAGUGGUUCUCAGCUGUUGUGGAAGUACAAGUCCCAGCAGGACUCCACAAUCAGUGGUGCAGAUCUUUGACCUGGUGAAAAUAUGCAAUGUACCGAAAACUCUUCCAGUACAUAGGAUCCUACCCGUCCAGUACAUAGGAUCCUACCCGUCCAAUGUGCACAGGAUCCUACCCGUACAAUGUGCACAGGAUCCUACCCGUACAAUGUGCACAGGAUCCUACCCGUCCAGUGUACACAGGAUCCUACCCGUCCAUUGUGCACAGGAUCUUACCCGUCCAGUGUGCACAGGAUCUUACCCGUCCAGUGUGCACAGGAUCUUACCCGUCCAGUGUGCACAGGAUCCUACCCGUCCAGUGUGCACAGGAUCCUACCCGUCCAGUGUGCACAGGAUCCUACCCGUCCAGUGUGCACAGGAUCCUACCCGUCCAGUGUGCACAGGAUCCUACCCGUACAGUGUGCACAGUUGGCCUGUGACGAGGCAUGCUGGUAGAUCCUUGUCAUCACCUGGCUGGAUUUUAAGACGUUCCAAACAAUCUGAUGAAUACUGCCCACAGCUGCCAUAAUUUCUGGCUCUUUAGUGACUACAUAUAGGCCAAAGUUUAGGGACAACUAGAUCUACAGCGAGAAAUGACCCAUGCAGCGUUCAUGCAGGAAGCGGUUUUGUAACCAAUUACAUGAUGGAUUCACAGAUCACUACUGCAGGUUGCUCACAGGACCAAAUACAAUAAAAUGUUUACAUCACUGUCAUAAUGUGUAAAAUACAGUGACCAGUGAGAGUGCUACUGACUACAUCUGGGGUUCUUUCCCAAUGGGUUACGUCUAGAAAUCAUCACCAUAUUAUUCAGGGAAUUUUUUUUUUUUUUGCAAUCUCAUAAACUUGAUGUAUCAAACCUUGGAGUGCUACAAAGAGGUCUAUGUACUAAGCCUUGGACGAAGAUAAAGUACCACAUAACCUGUAACAUGGCAGUUAGGAGCUGAUUGUCUGGUACUUUAUCUCUCUCCAAGUUUUUAUACAUCUCCCCCUUAAUGAAUUGCUCACAGAAUUAACCCCCAACUCCAUUAUAAGUUAUACACUCCGCGUGUUGCAUUUAGAUGGGGAGUCACCAUAUUAGGCAAAUUUUUCAGGCCUCAUUCAAGAGAGUGAGCCCCAUAUGGGGGAAAGACAUAAAGGGGGCAUUUUCCAAAAUUGGACAAGCCUGAUUGGUUUAGCAAUAAUAUUUGUAGACGACAGAAAAGUAAUAGAAAUAAAUACAGAAUUAAUGAACAGUGGCCACAAUACUGAUAUACAGAACUGAUUUGGGUCCUGGAAGGUAAAGUCCUCAGGAACAAACAAAGGGUCUUUGUAUUUGUUAGUAGGCAAAGGCUUCACCAGACGCUAUUGAGAUGCUGUCUCUGUUUUAAUAAAACAAAAUUAUUAGUAAUUCAGAAGCAGUGAUUACAGAACAAGAUUGCAGAGUUUCAUAUUUCAUCGUUUAGUAAUAUCCGGGCUUCAAGCACUCUGCAAUAAAUGAACUACUGUAUUCAGUAAUCCCAUACCUCGCAACAGGACCCAUUUCCCCAGGACACAAACUUCUGCUUCCAGUUUUCCCACUGACUUUCCAAAUCAAUUUACCUAGGCUGUGCUGAAGAACUGUAACUCAAACAAGCAGCUUUCAGCUUUUUCACAUCAGCUAUUUAAAGUGGCCAUGACUGUUUUACAAAAAAUAUAUGACAUAACGCUAAUCACUGUCAUUACAGAGUUGUCAACCAAUUAGUUUAAUAUUUUUUAUUUUGUAACCUGCAAGAGUCACUGCUUUCUCAGUUUGUUUAAGGAGACAUUUACCGGUCAGCCAAGUGCAUUCUAUGGACGACAAUUACAACAGUGACAUCUGCAGGCUAACAGAUGGUACUGCACUAGAUUGUGCGUAAAGGAAUUAAAUGUAAUCAAAAUUGAUGUGUCCAUACAUUAGCUAAUCAAUUUCAGUGUUUAAUUAGAUCUUCGCUUUUCACGGAAAGUAUAUUUGCUUGAUGCCUCCCUUUAAUUCAUCCCAGGAAAGUUUAAUUACUACCACUGGAAAUGAAUUGGAGAAAAAUAGGAGUAUAACAUGGCACAUACUGAAACAUUUCUUAUGGCUGUCUCAAAAAAUGCGCAGGGGAAGAUUUACCAAGCUUGGAGAGGGAUAAAGUACCAACCAAUCAGCUCCUAGCUGUCAUUGUACAGGUUUUUUUUUUUUAAAUGACGUUUCUAUAAUGGGUGCAGUGUGUGCAGUGCACAUGGGUCCUUGGGUCCAGGGGCCACAUCGCACACACUGCACCCAUGUUUAAUUAUUUACCUUUCUGGAGUCCCGAGUCAGCGCUGCGAUGCCAGAUUCUACCGCACCGUAGAGAGGAGGGGGCCAAUAUGGAGUCUGCACACGGGCCCCCUCCUCCGCUGACAAGAGCUUAUUGGUUGGUACUUUAUCUAUUUUAUAUCUCUCCAAGCUCAGAUAAAUCUCCCCCACAUUGUUAAAGAUAUCUAAAGUUGCACCAGCAACAAAUUCUACAAGUGCAAUGCAAAGAGCGUCUGUAAGAGUAAGGGCAAUCCCAUAUUUAUAGAAGAAACCGUACAUAUGUGACAUGGUCAAAAAAUAUAGGGCUUUCAUUUUUGUUUUGUUUUGUGGCUUUUUCAAUAAAAUACUUAUAUUCA